GAUCUCGCAGGCCUGUUGUGUUGUGUCUGAAGAGAGAGAGACGCUGUGUGGGGGUUUUCGCUUGAUGUCAUUGCGUUUACGCCACCGUUUCUCAUGCUUCUGCGGCGUCUUCCAGUCCUCUCUUUCCCCACAUACACCCGUUUAACGACCGUUCACGGUACACCGGCGGGAUUUUGACGGGUUUUUGAGGACGAUGCGGCGGCGCUCGAGCAGAUGCGCGUGCAGCUGAGGAGAAAGAUGGACCGUAACACCGUCGAUGAAAACGGCCCUCUACGGCUCUGAGUCGCUGUCUUAACGCAUUCGCGGUCCAGUUCCCGCAGUCGAGAGCUUCUUCGCAAUGGAUAUGUGCACGGCGAGCGGCAUCAGGCCCUCCGGAUGGCAAACAAGCCGCGAGGAUCUGUAGCCUGCUAAGUUAGCUAGUAACAGAAGAGCCCCGCAGUCAGUCACUAUAUGAGGAUGAUGAGGAUGAGCAUCAGCCUUGAGCUCUUGUUAGGAGGAAGAUCAGGCACACAACCUGAUCUUUAAGGAGUUUGUGUUGUUCUCCAAGGCUGCUGGACUCCUAGCCAUAUCAUAUCGCGCCAUAUCAUGCAGUCAGACUCGAGCAGGGACGUUUACUGACCGCUUGCUGAUAGCUCUACAGAGAUUAGCUCAGUUCUUCACUCCUAAAUCGGAGUCCAGGGCACCAGAGAUGGAUAAACUCACCAUUAUUUCAGGAUGUCUCUUUCUGGCCGCGGAUAUAUUUGCCAUAGCGAGCAUUGCCAAUCCAGACUGGAUCAACACUGGCGAGUCAGCAGGAGCUCUUACUGUGGGGCUGGUGCGUCAGUGUCAGACCAUUCAUGGACGAGAUCGAACCUGCAUCCCCCCGCGACUCCCUCCAGAGUGGGUCACCACGCUCUUCUUUAUCAUCAUGGGCAUCAUCUCCCUCACUGUCACCUGCGGCCUGCUGGUGGCCUCGCACUGGCGUCGAGAAGCCACAAAAUACGCAAGAUGGAUCGCCUUCACAGGAAUGAUCUUGUUUUGCAUGGCCGCCCUCAUAUUCCCAAUAGGAUUCUACAUCAAUGAAGUAGGGGGACAACCGUACAAAUUACCCAACAACACAGUGGUGGGCUCCUCUUAUGUACUGUUCGUGCUCUCCAUUUUCUUCACAAUAGUGGGGCUCCUGUUUGCGGGAAAAGUCUGCCUUCCUGGCUGAGGGGACGUUCCCAGCGGGGACAGCUGGGGUGUUCAAAGUGAAACGGAAAGAAGCGGCACUCAUCGAGAAGGACCAACGACAGGGGGUGGUGGUAUAUACUAAUAACUCAUUAAACUGCAAAACUAAACAGACGAAUACUGCACACACUACAUUCGAGUGCUCCCCUCUGCCCAACCUGUGCUUCGUUAAACCCGUGCUGUCUUUAAGUUGCACCUUUGAGUUUCAACCCAAAGGAUCGGGGGGCGUUGAAGGACACGCAGGCCCGUCCGGAAAGGACAGAGUGCAUCCACAGCGGCUGCUUCUAGUACUACCUUACUUUGGAAUAUAGUUCUGUUAUCUUCUGUUCAGUUACGUUUUGCAGAGUUUCACACAAUUGCGCCCUCUACCUUCAUGGAGAGGAAAGACAAGAAACUGGUGGAGAAUGCGGGCACUGAUAUAAUGGACCAGGCACUCGAUCCAACAACUGUUCUCUCUAGCGGCCAGAGAGCUGGACGGGACACUGCACUGUUACAAAAAGAGGGAAAAGGAAAAAGGGAACAGUAUUAAGAAAAUUUUUGUUCUCGCACACUACAUGAGGCGAAUGCUCCAGGACUGCAGGUCAGGACCCUGCAAGGCUGUGCCUCGCUGUUACACGCUCAGAUAUUGACGGACGCGUCUCUGAAUCUGACAUCAUACCAAAAUAAACACCCGCCUGAGCUCAACUUGAGUUGAGUUCGGUUCAGUCACAGGCGGAUGUGUUUGUGCUUUUGACUUUACACCUGCUCAUCUCUUCUUGUUUUGAUCUCUGGGUUUGCAGAGCCCUUUACUUGUUUGGUUUGAUUUGCUAAUGUGCCAUAAACCUGUUUUUUUGUAUGAAUGCGAUGGGCAUGAGUUGGGUUUUAGGGAGCACUGUGCGGUAUAGCCAUUUCAGUAGGUGAAGCACUACAGAUGUACAAAAAUGAACUCCUUACCUCAGUAUUUUGCGAUUCAGAAUGAUUUUUCCCUCAUCAUGGCAAAAUAUGUGCCCUGUAACUUAUGUUCUGCCUUGAUCACGGACCUUUAAUUCAAAUGGUGUGAUCAUGGCAAAUUAUUUAUCUGACACUGAAUAAAAGGAGCUCAAGAAUGCGUGUUACAUCAGCUCUGUUUUUAAAGGGUUCCCUGUUUUUUUGGAAAGCAAAUGUACAUUGUGAGAGUGGAACAAAACCAGAAGUGUUUAUGAUGGAUGUGUGUGAUAUGAAGGUUAAAUUUUGCCCACAAGCUGUUGUUGUUUUUUUUCAUGAAUCUUCUCUAAGUGUGUGUUCUGUUUUAUUUGAAUGUGCUUUUUUUUUUGUUCACUCUGUUUAAGAAAGGUCAUGCUCACAGUCGCCUUUACAUUCUUUACUAAAUUAAUUUCAUUAAUGCUUUGAAAAACUGCACUUUUCCUUGGAAGCGUUCAUAUUCAUUAUAGGGAUGGCGAACAGAUAAAAUAUAUUUAUUCAAAUUUUAGAUGAUUCUCGUAAAUAUGUGGGGUAAGAACAUACACUCUUAGAUUGAAGAAUUGAUAAAAAAUGUUUAUACGAAAUUCCCUCCUGCAUUCAGGCAAGAUGUGUACAAUUGCUUUUGGCAAAAGAUGUCUCUUCGUAUCGCACUGGGACCUAAAUUUAAUGUGAACUGUGAGAACGACGGCAGCCUGCGGUGGACGAGUUCCGUGCUAAAGACUGCUUCUGCUUUGGAUAUUUUUGGAAACCCAUCAUAAAAUGGGAGAGAAAAAAAAGUGCAUAGGGUAAUGAAAAGCUUUUAUUUAUGAUUUCAAAAGGGAAGGAAACAAAUGUAUGAGGAACCGUAUUAUCUAUCAAAGGAUGUUGGCAGUCCUCGUGCACAGUUACUGUUAACAGAUCCGUAUUACUGGCAAGACAACUGUUUUCUCUGCUACUCUUUGUUUCAGUAUCUCACUGUAUACAAUAAAAGGCAUUAAAGAAGGUGAACCGCUGGAGUUCAACUGAGCUUUACUUCAUUAGGAGUACGGUUGUAACGCUUGCUCUACAUUCUAUCCUAAUGGUGAAAAUACACCAAACUUUGCAUGCAUGGAGAGUCUGUGGCUAAUUGAGUUUGAAGGAAUUUUGGAAGCAUGGGAUGUAUGGUUGCCUAGCAACUGCUAGUUAAAUUUGCAAUAUUCAAAACAUCAGGCCUGCUCCCCUGUUUGAGCUAGAGAUGAAUUC